AUGGAAUCAACUGGCAGAGUUUUGCGACGUCGUCUUACCCCAGCCGAAAGAGAUGAAAAACUUAAAAGAAAACAGACAGAAAAAUGUGAGCCUGACGCCGCCGAAGUAAAGAGAGCACGAAUUUUAAGACCCUUUAUAAAAUAUAAUGGAAAAGUGAACUACUACACGGAAAUGAUUGACAUCGCUAUGAUUAGUGAUGAACUAUUAAAAAAGGCAGAAUCUUCCACUGAUUUACUAAUAGUUGGGUUUGACUUGGAGUGGCCAUUUUCCUUUGUAACCGGUACUGAGAGAACGGCUGUAGCUCAAAUAAGUAUAGACCUGAAGAACUGUUACAUUCUCCAUGUUAGUAAAUUCAAGAACUUGCCAAAAGGUCUAAGCGAGUUCUUGAUUCAUCCCAAUGUUCGAAUAACAGGGAACAACAUCAAAAAUGAUGUAAGAAAACUGGCAAGAGACUUCCCUGGUUUUGAUGGCGAUAAAAUGGUUGAAAAUUGUAUAGACUUGGGAGUAUUGGCAAAUUCUAUUCUCCCAACUAAGCAGAGAUGGAGUUUAGAAAAACUUGUGAAUCAUUUGUUAAACUUGAGGAUAAGUAAAGAUAAAAAAAUAAGAAAUAGCAGCUGGAACAAAAUACCUUUGUCAACUGCUCAACAAAAGUAUGCCGCUCUAGAUGCUUAUGCUUCUCUACUGCUAUACCACACAUUGAAAGACAAAGAAAAGGAACUGAAUGUUGAAAAGUCACAGAAUGAUCAAAAUAUAAUGAAUAAGUAA